AUGGAUGACAGAGUAAUAGAUGGUAUAUUUCUGGGAUCCCUAGAAAAUUUACCUCCUGUCAGUUCCAAAAUUGUACGAAUAUUUACGAGCUCAACUUUCACUGAUAUGUCGAUGGAGAGAAAUGCACUAAUGGAAGAAGUUUAUCCGAGAAUAAAAGACUUUUGCAGAGAAAAACACGGUCUUGAGUUUCAAGUGGUUGACAUGCGGUGGGGUGUGACAGAUGAAGCAACAGAUGACCAUCUCACAACAGAAUUGUGCAUGACGGAGAUACAAAACUGUCAGCGCUUGUCCAUGGGGCCGAAUUUUGUGACAUUUCUUGGACAGAAGUACGGAUACAGACCGAUCCCAACAGUCAUUGACGGUAAAGAAUACCGCAUGAUUCGAGAUUGUCUGGCUGCAUUAUCCUUGGACAACUCUUUAAUGGAUCGUUGGUAUAGAGAGGACACUAACGCUGUUCCUUCUGUCUACAUAUUGCAGUCUAUCAGUACCAUUUUGGUUAAUUUUAACAAUAAGAGAGCGCCGAAGCUGCAACAGGUCGACCAAGCUACAUGGUGGGACACGCUGGAGAAGCUUCAGAAAAUGUUACGUAAAGCAGCCAGUACUUUAUAUGCCCAGAAAAGAAUGGACCACGAUGCCAUGCAUAACUACCUGAUGUCUGUGACAGAAAGAGAAGUUAUAAACGGAAUCCUCAAUGUGCCGAAUACGAAAAAUCACUGCUUGGCAUACGUUCGGCAAAUAAAUGCAGUAGACAUGACAAAUCUUAAAGAAGUCAGCAAGUUCAUCGACACUAUUGGAAGAACUGUUGAUAUAGAGGCCCAGAGACUUCUCACUGAUCUUAGAGAUGUUCGAUUGCCGGCAAAAAUCGAAGCGUCCAAUUUUGUCAAGUACACGAUAAACUGGACAGGAAAAGAAGGAUUAGCUGUAAAGUAUCACGAAGAAUAUCUGAAGGAGUUCACUGCCCAUUUCUAUAAAUACAUCACCAAAUUAAUAGAUAGAGCUAUGAGAAAAGAAGAUCUAAGUAGUCAAGGUCAGAUUGUCACUGAAAUUUUACAGCAUCUACAGGCAGGAAAAAGCUCUGUUUCGACGUUCCAAGGUCGAGAAGAAGAGUUGAGUAAGAUAAAACACUACAUACAAUCCGAUUCUGUGCAGCCUUUUGUUCUUCAUGGCAAAGGAGGAUCAGGAAAGACCUCACUAUUGGCUAAAGCAGCCAGCAUGGUUAUAAUAGGAGGCGCUUGGUGUCCGAAGGGAAGCAAACCAAUACUUAUUCUUCGAUUUCUAGGAACUACACCAGAUAGUUCCAGUGUCGCCCCAAUGCUGACCAGCAUAUGCUAUCAAAUUAUGUAUAAUUACAUGAUGCCCUGGGAAGGUAUACCGGAUGAUUUGAUCCCUCUGAUUGCAUUCACAAAGAGAUUACUAACCAAGAUAACGAAAGAACAACCCGUUUACUUGUUCUUAGAUUCUGUUGAUGAAUUGAGCGAUGUUAACAAGCUUAGUUGGCUGCCGAACAGGAUUCCAAACAAUGUGAAAAUUGUCAUUUCAACAACGUCAGAAGGUGAGGCCAAAGAAUACACGUUAUUACAAAGAAUACUGGGCAAUGAAAAUCAGUUCGUUGAAGUUCAUCCACUUGGUGAAGAAUUGGCAGAAAUUACUAUCAGACGAUGGCUGGAAAUGAAUGGUAGGGACUGCACCAAAUAUCAGUGGAAUGUAGUACUAAAAGCCAUUAACAGAUGCACUUUGCCUAUAUUCAUAAAGCUUAUAUUUGCUGAAGUGAUGAGGUGGAAAUCAUACUCAAAAGCAGCAGACACGGUUUUAGCAUACACCGUAAUGGACAGCAUUAUGAAACUUUUUGGUCGUAUUGAAAAAAAGCAUGGUCGUACUUUAGUAGCUCAUGCUUUGUCGUAUGUAACUUGUUCUAAAAGUGGUUUAAGUGAAACCGAAUUAGAGGACUUGAUUUCUUUAGAUGACAUAGUUCUUGAUGACGUAUAUCAAUAUCAUAUGCCACCAGUACGGCGAAUACCCCCAUUGUUGUGGACUAGAAUAAGAAGAGAUUUACCAAAUUAUUUAUCUGAACGUGAAGCAGAUGGAUUAAGUGUUGCAAAUUGGUAUCACAGGCAGUUUAGAGAAGCGGCAAUCGAGCGUUAUUUCGUCAAACCGGAACUUGUUAAGUAUUUCCAUUCUUCAAUAGCGGAAUACUAUUUGGGAACAUGGGGAGGAGGGAUACCAAAGCCGUUCAAAUACACCGAAGUGCAACGGUAUCGAUUUGGGUUGAAAAACGCAGAAGGAACAGCUGAUCGCAAAGUUCCUUUGCAGCCAUUGGUAUUUUAUUCAAACGAUGGUCGAGUGGCAGGAUACAAUAAACGAAAAUUCGGGGAGCUCCCUUUCCAUCUAAUUCGCUCAGAGCGCUUCGAAGAUCUUUUUGAAAACGUCCUUUUCAAUUACAUGUGGCUACAUAGCAAAGUCUGUAGCUGUCCUCUGCAGACGAUACUUGCCGACUUUGAAGACGCGGUAACACAUCUUUCUGACAGUGAACUUAUCAAGCAACUAAACAUUGUAGCUGAUGGAAUGCGUUUAGGCGGCGUUGUCUUGGCCCAGCAUCCUGAUAUGCUUGCAUCCCAAGUUACAGGAAGACUGUUGCCUGUUAAAGACAUUUAUCCAAGAGUGAAAGGUCUAAUUGAUCAGUGUGACGAACUAGGUAUUCAACACUGCGCAUUAGUUCCAGCAUUUCACAUACUACAUACGCCAGGAGGCCCACUAAAAUAUUCUUUAGAAGGGCACCCUUUUGCAAUAUUUGGAUUCUGCCUCACUUCUGAUCAAAGAUUUGUCCUUACAGUUUCUAACAAGUUUCUCAUGUUUGAUUUGAUGACUGGAGAAAUUACGUGCGACGUAAGCCCAGACAUACCAGGAAUCAUGCAAGCUCUGGAGCUCAGUUCAGAUGACAAAUACGCUAUUAGUUAUACGAACCACAACGAGAUUAUCCUGUUAAAUGCUUUAUCUGGGGAUGCAGAGAUUAUUAGGGAUUUACUGGAAUCUAGACCCAUAUCUGGUAUCUCCAUAUCGGAUGAUAUAGGCAUAGCGUGGACGCCAAAACAAUGGGUAACUUUUAAGAUUGUUAAUGGAGUGAGGUUAUCCAUUAAUUCCGUGGACGAACCUGAAUAUUUCAUUUCCUAUGUUCAAUAUUUUGACGACAGCAACUAUGCGAUAUCACUAUCAAGCUAUAAGAAAGGGAAGGAGAAUCUGAGAGAUCAUCACAUAUUUAGAAUGGUUCAAAACAACCUUUCGUUGCCGGACUUCAGCAUCGACAGUGCGCUUUGUGUAAUAAAAGAAACUAAAGAAAUUUUCGUUACUCAGUUAUGUGAUAAUGGAUACCUAUUGGGUCUGUUCAAAGCAAGUACCGAUGAUUGGUCGAAAAUUGCUGAAUUCGGGCACAAGCAGACGAGAAUAAUGUCCCUUGAAAUCUCACAAGAUGGACAGCAUUUGAUCGGAAUCACUCAAGCUGGAUUUUCUGUUUGGAGCUUGAAUAAUCACAAGGAAGUCUGUCUUCUGUUACCGAAUAAUGUGAAAAAUAUAUCCACAAAACCAUUUACUUCGCAGAGCUCAUUUGCACUUACGAAGCACAACCAAUAUGGCGUCGGUGGAGUUAGAAAAUCUUUGUAUAUUUGGAACAUGAGAGAUGGACGUCUCCUGAAAGAAGUGGAUGCUCAUAUUGCUCGAAUUAUGAAAAUAAGGUCAUUGUUCGUUGAAGAUUUCAACGGAAUUGUCUCCUCAUCCAUAGAUAAGACCAUAAAGGUGUGGAACGUGAAGAAUAUUUUUGAAAAAGUGUACGUAAUCGAUCGUAUGGAAAUGGCUAUCGACUCGGUGUCGAUUUCUGCCGAUGACGAGCUGGCCGUGACCGUCACUAGGAGCAGCGUUGGCGUUUGGAGCGUGUCGUCUGGAAAACUGUGGAGCAAACUGGUUGAUUCUCCGGUGGGAGCCAUUGUGACGCAUGCGAUUAUUACUGCGGAUGGAAGACACGUCCUCAGCUCAGAGUCUGGAAAUUUUCUCGUGUGGAAUCUACAGAAAGCAUGCGUCACCUUUCGGGAGCGACAUCCAAAUGUCAAACAACUGCUGCUGGGGAGCGACGACAGGUGCGUCGUCAUCAUCACUGCCGAAAGCGAUAAAGAAUCCCAAUGCACCGUUCGACAAAUUCCUUCCGGCGACCUAGCUUAUACCUUCAACUUCCCUUGCGAUGUCUCAGCACCAGCAGGCAUCACGAAGAACAACGUGUACCUAGCCCUAGUGGGCUUGGAUUCCAACCAAAAAGUUGUCCUCGUUCACAAUUUCAAGAAGGGCAGCUUCAUGUUCAAGAUUCCCCUGCUGAACGUGUCAAUGCUAGGCUACAGUGGAAUCGCAUCGUUCCCUGGUAGGGCAUCAGCUGUUAUAUUGAUUUGCUCAGAAGCAUCUUGCAUCAUUGACAUCGAAACGAAAAGAAUAGUUCGAGCUUUUAAAGGCUGGAAUGGAAUCUGCACUACUGAUGGAAAGUACGGAUUAGUGGCACCGAAUCAAGGAGGCUUAGAAGUCAUUGAACUUCGAAAUGGGAAGACAGUUAAAAUUCUCAUACCACCUGUAAGCGAAGGUGUCUUCGCUGUGGCCGCGAGGUUCAACCGUACGAAUGAUUACGUCGUAUACUAUCAUGGUGGCAAAGUCACCAUCCGACUCUUUCGCAUGUCUGAUUGCAAGAUGAUAGGUAAUUAUAAAAUGGCAGCUGAAGCAAGCGAUUUGACAACCACUCAUGAUGGCUUGUCGGUGGUCGUCGGAGGGGUGGACGGAAGUUUUGUCGUCUUGGCAUUGGCUGAUUCAUCCAAUGAAGACGCAAAAGCGAAACUUAAGCAUCUACCGAGUCGAUGCGAUGGUAAUGUCAGGUCCUGUAGAACUGCCGUUAGUUUUAAGAUGGUGGCAAAAGUAACUGCUUCUGCUGCCUGCUCGAAAAGACAGUCAGUUUGUGAAGAGAGUCAGACUUCUGGAGUAUGCGUUAUUUCAUAGUUUCAGAUUUUAUUACUUCAACUUAUUAAAUGUUUGGAUAGAAGCACUUUAUCACUAUUGAA